AUGAAAGCCGGUCAGCAGGCCAUGGAAGCUAAAAUCGAAGCUGGUCAACAAGCCAUGGAUGCUAAAAUAGAAGCAAAUGGUAUUCUGAAGAGAACUCUAGAAAAUGACGAUGGCACGACCACCUGGAUGCAGCUACUGCUACCGGAGAGCAAUAAAUCUGAAGUACUACGCCAAAUGCACAAUGGUAUAUCGGGAGGCCAUUCAGUAGUCACGAAAACCCUGGUUAAGGUGCGGGAACGGUUCUACUGGGUGAAUUGCAAACAAGAUGUGAAGGAAAUGUGCAGUUUGUGCCAUAAGCAGGGAAGAAGAAAGCACCAACGAGGCAACACAAUAUUACUAACGAACCCAAUUUCUAUUUCAGCAAUUCUACAAAGGACAACAGUUGGAAUUGGACAACUUAAAAUUCAAGGAGUCGCAACCUGCCAGUAUUUAUGUAUGGAUAUUUGUGGACUGCUUUACGGAUCGAAGGAGUUCGGAGACGAAUGCGUCUUUAAUGAGAUGAUGGAACAGCAUCACUACAACACAUAUUCCUCAACGAAGUAUUCUAACGAUAAAAGAACCUUAUAUUUAGCCCUAAAUCGUAAAGGACAACCUCGAAAAGUAAUGUUACGUGCGAAUCAACAGUUAGGACGCUUGUCAUCGUAUACGAGGGUUCUAACGCGUGCCGUCUCCCCAGAAAGCGCAGAAGAAUUCCAUCCGUUACGGCAUCACUCACAUUCUUGUACAGUAUCACCGUCUAUUCCGGCGGCAUCUUCACCUGCUGCCGAUUCACAAACAGAUUCACCUCGAUGUCGAAAAAAGAAAAAACGGAAGAAGAAGAAACGAAAAUGUUUAGAAGGCGAAGCGGAAAGUGAGUUGUGUCAAAAAAGACCACAUACACCCCAUAACAAUCGAAAAACUCAAGUUAGGUUAAAUAAUAAUGAUAGUAAUAAAAAGUGCGAAUUCGAAGACAGUGAUGAGUGCCAAAGAGUAGAAGUGACAAAUAAAAAAAGACAUAAUAAUAAGCUCGGUGAUAAACUAACGUUACACGGUACGAAAAAACGGAAAAAAAUACCGAAAAACGUUAAAAAUAAAAAAGCGCGUGUGAUUACUACCACAGAAGCUUUGGUAACCGACGAGGUGCCGUCGGACGAAGAUUACACGAUGGAAACAACAACGGCUUGGGAUUUCGAAGAUUCCACGACGAUGCCCGACGAAUUUUCUACUCCGCACCCUGACUGACUCUCCCCUGCGCCGCGUGGCGCAACUUACCCCCAUCCAUUAUUUAUUUCUACUAUUUAUUGUAUAAUUCUUGUAAAUAUUUGUCUAUAUGUAUAAGUAAAUAUACCUCGCCAUAAAAUAGUGAGAACUUAGCGUUUUUAUGUUGAACCGAAAAAAGCACUAAUAUUCCGAUGCUUUACUUAAGAAUAGCUGCAAAAAAAAGCGAAAGAAAUAGAGAAGAUCGAUGCUUUGCUAAAACUGUAGUAUAUCAUGUAAUGUUUUAAAAAAAACAUAAAAGAACAAAACAUGUAAUUUACC